GUGUGGAUCACGGGGGCGUCGCAGGGGCUCGGAGAGGCGACGGCGCGCGCGUGCGCGAGACUCGGGGCGAGGGUGGUGGUGUCGGGACGACGCGCCGAGCGGUGCGCGGAAGUCGCGGAGGAGUGCGCGCGGUUGGGAGCGGCGAGCGCGAAAUGCGUGGUGUUUGACGUGUGCGGAACGCGGAGCGAGCUGAGCGAAGCGUGCGAGAGGGCGUUCGAGGCGGCGGGUGGGACGGUGGAUGUGUUCGUGAACGCCGCGGGCGGGUCGCAGGCGUGCAGCGCUUUGGCGGGCGACGACGAAGACGUGGACAAGGCGUUGUUUCAAUUAAACGCGAUCGGGGCGAUUUCUCUGACGAAGGAAGUCGCGAAGCGAAUGGUCGCCGCGGCGCGUCGGCGAAAGGCGGGCUCGAUCGCGCCGAAGAUUGUCGGCGUGUGUAGCGUCGCGAGCAAAGUUCCGGCGCCGGGCCAGUCCGUGUACGCCGCGGCGAAAUCGGCGUAUGCUGCGUUUUUAAACUCGUUGCGCUCUGAAAUCGCGAACACGGGCGUGAAGGUGGUGUGUGUGUACCCAGGUCCGAUCGCGACGGGGAUGAACGGCCAAGAGCGCGUCAUAUUUCGCAAGAAUAUGGCGGAUUCCACGCCGUCGCCGAGCGCGUCAAAAACGGCAAUUUCGCGAACGGCCGCGCGACCGCCGUCCACGAAAGGUCGCAUGAACGUCGAUUACGUCGCCGCGCGCAUCGUACGCUCUGCGCUCGCCGACGUCGACGAGCUCGUCUUGGCGCCACAGCCCAUCAUGGCGUUGACGUAUUGCGUGCGUUUCUUCCCGACGCUCGCCUACGCCGCGCUCGACGUCAUCGGUCCCAAGCGCGCGCGCCGCGCGGACGCGGGCGAGAACAUGUACGAUUUGCUCGAAAAGACGCGUGAGAUUUUAGAAUCCAUCGGCGACGUCGAUUCGAAGGAUUCAAAAGGUAAAUUAGCAUAA